AUGGAGGACAAGGAUCCCAUGGGACAGCCCGACAUCGAGCUCCGCAACCACACAGAAACGGAAGCGAACGUAGCUCUCACCGACUUCGAAAAGAUCGAGCCUACCGCUUCGGUAGGUGCGUCUUUGGCGCGCACGGAGACCAACCCCUACGGGUCUCGGCCGGCGUGCUUCAGCAAUCUCUUCGAAGAAUGCAUGUUUGUCCUGACCACGACCGUAGCCGUGGGUCAAUCGUCCGUCUUCUCGGGCGCCGUGUUGUGCAUGACCAACACGAUCGGCGAGGACCUGAACAUGACGGCCGCAGAAGUCACCUGGAUAAGUGCCGCGCAAUCCCUCGCGGCAGGAUCAUUGCUGCUCUUCUUUGGACGCGUCGCCGACCUCUUCGGCCGAAGGUUGUUGUUUCUACUCAGCCUGGGCUUUUUCACCAUCUGCCUGCUGGUCAUGGGCUUCGCGACCAACGCCAUGUAUCUGGACAUCUUUUGUGGCCUCCUCGGUCUGAGCUCGGCCGCCUCUGUUCCACCGGCCAUUGGAAAACUAGGCGCUGUGUACAACAGGCCUUCCCGACGCAAGAACCGGGCCUUUGCGUGUUUCAGUGCUGGCAACCCCGUCGGUUUCGUGCUCGGGGCCUUUAUUUCCGGCAUCGUGAUGAGCUUCGCGACGUGGAGAGCCGCGUUCUGGGUGAUCGCCGUUAUCUACGCCUUCUUUACCGUCGUUGCGUGGUGGACCACGCCACCUGACAAUGAACAGACCGUCGGCGGCCUCAACAUGGCGACAUUCGUCAAGUUCGAUUUGCUGGGAGCUAUCUUGGCAAUCACCGGCGUCGCCAUGUUCACUGCGUCGCUGAGUUUGGCGUCCGAUGCACCGAAUGGCUGGCAAACAUCAUACGUGAUUGCACUGCUGGUGGUCGGCUUCGUGUUGGUGGUCGGCUUCGUGUACUGGCAAAGUGUCUUUCGAUACCCGUUGAUGCCCCUCGCCGUCUGGAAAGAUCGCAAUUUCAGCAUCGUGGUCAUGGUGCUGCUUCUGGGAUUCUACGGCUUUAGUGGCAACCUCUUUUGGCUGAGUCUCUUGUGGCAACGAAUCCAUCAUGUGUCGCCCAUCAUGGUUGCUGUGCGACUUCUUCCUGCUGGCAUCGGCGGUAUCCUGGUCAAUCUCCUGGCUGCGAUGAUCAUGCACAGGGUCAGCAACAAGUUGAUCAUGGUGGUGGGAGCCAUCAGCCAAGUCAUUGCUUGUGCGUUGCUCAGUGCCACGUCGAAAUCCAUUUCCUACUGGGCACUCACCUUUCCAGCGCUACUGUUCAGCGUCUUGUCGCAGGAUUUGGAGUUUACCGUGACCAACAUGUAUGUCAUGUCUAGUCUCCCAAGCGAUCAACAGUCUGUUGCUGGUGGCUUGAUCAACACUGUCAUCCGGCUUGGAGCGACUGUGGGGUUGGGUGUUCAGACGAGCAUAUACAACAGCGCUGGAGGCUCUUCACAAGGCGCCGAUGCUCUGAAAUAUAGACCCUAUCAAACCACAUUCUGGGUCGCUUUGGUCGGAGCUGCAGCAGCCGUAUUCAUAGUGCCUUUCCUCACCAUUGGGCGGCAGGGAGUCCGGAAAUGA